AUGCGUGUCGACGCAUCACUCGCUGCUCUUUUCCUUUCUGGCCUUGCUGGCGCCCAUUCUUUCGGCUACAAUUCUACAAACGGCACCAACAGCACUAGUUCUGGCAAUCAUCAGGUUAUCUCGCAGUUGCAAAAGGAGAUCCAGGAGCUGCGUCAAAAACUUGCCGAUGCAGGCAGCAGUUGCGACAUCAAUGGAAACGGUGGUCUGAACAGCGGUUCUGCGACCUCCCCUUGGGAAGGCUCUGCCUCCGCGACAGGCUACGGUUCCAUUCAGCCUUCGAACGGCCAGGGUUCUAGCCAUGUUUCUCAAGCUUCUGCCGCUACUUCUGGCGCUGGAAGUGCAGGAGGUGCUUCUCCCUCCACCUACCAGCAGGGCACACCCUCAUCCGUUUCCACGCAAGUGACCACAAUCACCAACCAAUACUCGACUGUCGUUAGCACCAUCUACGUUACCAACACUCUCGCUCCUGCUGCGUCAUCCGCUUACGGCUCCGCGGCUGCUUCUAAUGCUGGUGCUUCCUCCUACGGCUCUGCCGCUAUCAACGGCCCCGGUGGUGCCUCUUCUGUCGCUUCUGGUGCGGGUUCUGCCUCUGUCGCAUCCACGAAGACCCCAGACUACUAUGCUCCUCUGCCUCCAGCUUCCACGUCGACUGCCGCGUCUACUGUGACCAUCAUCGUUACUGCUGGGCAAUCCGCUCCUGCCAAUUCCGGCGCGGCUUCCAGCGCAGGUGUCGACACCUGCACCGAGACCAGCGGUUCCGCCUCGUCCGUAAACGGUGAGGCAGGCAGCAGCUCCUCUGCUCCAUAUGGCUUCGCCAACAGCACUACCCGCAGCUACCCGACUGGCUCUGCUGCAUCUUCCGGUUUCGUCUCCAAGACCUCUAUUCAGAGCUCUUCAUUAGGCACCGCAGUUUCGGCCUCGAUUUCAAGCACCGCUACCGCCAACGCUACUUCUUCAAUUUCAAGUUCGGCGAAGGCGUCUUCCACUGCGGCUGCAAACCUGACCGACUGCUCUUCUCUCUGCUCCACCCUUACGAAGUUCAACGACUGGGACGUCACUCCGGAGACCUGCACUCAAUUGAAGGCCGGUACCCUUGUCAACACUCCAAGUGGCCAGUCCAGCGUGGGUUGUGCAGCUUCUUUCACACCUGAGAUCGAUGUCUGCCAGGUGACACUUAAUAUCAAAACCAGCGGAACUGCCAACACGUACAUGGAGGUCUGGCUACCAAACGCGAACUCGUCUUCUUGGAACGGCCGAACCAUGAGCACAGAUAAUGGUGGCUUGAAUGGGUGCGUCCACUACGUCGAUAUGCAAUACGUCUCCGGUAUGGGCUUCGCCGCCAUAGGCGACAAUGCCGGCCACAACGGCUCUUCGUUCGAUGGCACGUGGACAAUGAACAACAACGAGGCUGUCGUUGACUGGGCUUGGCGUGCGCGCCAUGCGUCGGUCGACAUCGGCAAGCAACUUGUGAACCAGUUCUAUAGUAAGGCGGCUGAUUACUCUUACUACAUUGGCUGCUCUGCGGGAGGCGCCCAAGGUCUACAGUCUGCGCAGAAGUUUCCCAACGAUUUUGACGGUAUCAUCUCCGGCUCAUCCGCCAACGACUUCAACCAUCUUCAGGACUGGUCUGCUCAUUUCCGCCAGAUUACUGGUGCCACGGGUAACGAUACCUUCCUCUCCAUCAAUGACUGGACCACCGUUCAGACCUACAUCCUUGCGCAGUGCGAUGAGCCGCUUGAUGGCGUUGCUGACGGCAUCCUGGAGGACCCUACACUUUGCCAGUUUAAUGUCUCUGCCAUCCCUGUGUGCGGCGCCACCACCUCUGGUUGUCUGACGGCGACCCAAAUCGACACGGUUGAACAAGUGUUCAAGCCUCUUUACAAUGGCAACAACCUUAUCUAUCCGGCCCUCCUCUACGGCGCUCAAGUAGACGCCUUCCGACUGGGCCUCCUGUCCGGUUCUAUCCAGGGUAUCGCUCAGGAUUUCUUCCGCGGAGCCGUGUACAAUGACUCCAGCUUCAACAUUCUCAACAUUGGUCCCGCCGACUGGAACCGCGCAGAUCAGCUCGAUAACUUGCACGGAAACCCGUCCGCUUUCAACGGCGACUUGUCUGGCUUUUCCGGCGCGGGCAAGAAGCUGAUGAUGUACCACGGCAUGGCGGACCCUAUGACUUCGGGCACAAACUCGCAACGUUACUACCAGAAGGUCGCAGCAACCAUGGGUCUUUCGAAUACCGAGAUUGAUAACUUCAUGCGUUUCUACCGCAUUUCCGGAAUGGCCCACUGUGGUGUCGGCGGCAUCUCUGGUGCCGGUGCGUGGAUGUUUGGUCAAAGUGGUCUAGCUGCGCCAGCCACCGACAACAUCGUGACCAACCUCGUGGACUGGGUUGAGAGCGGUGCUGCACCGGACUCGCUUCUUGGCACCAAGUUCUGGUAUGACACCCCUUCCAUGGGCAUCGAAUUCGAGCGCCGCCACUGCCGCUACCCAUACCGCACCACUUACACUGGUGGCGACUCGACCAAACCUGACUCAUGGACUUGCGACUUCAUUGAGAACUGGCAGGACUGCGAGGGCGUCACUUGCAAUGCAGACGGCACCUUUACCUAA